AGUAAUUUCAAGCACAAAUUAAAUUAAUAUUAGUUCAGUGUGCAUAUAUUUAUAGACAUGCAGUGCAGACAAAAAAGGUGUUCCUUGCUGUUUGGAAAAUAAGUUCACCUCUUUCUGUGAAAUGAAAAAUGUGUUGCUUCUUUCCUGUUUUGUCAUCGUAGGUGCAGCAUGAGUCAAAGUAGCAUUGAGGAAAACCUUUAAAUACUUGCAGAGCAUCGCGUUAUCACUUUUGAAUCUUUACUACUGGACUGAGUUAUUAAGAGUGUUCGUGGCAUUUGGUGACAAUGGCAUGGACAGUGGCUCUCAGUAACCUGGUGUUAGCGGUCUACGGAUUCACGCUGAUCACAGGCCUUCCCACCAACAUCUUGGCUUUCUACACUUUCUUUCAGAAGAUUCGCCAGCGCUCCACCCCAAUGGAAGUGCUGUUAUUCAGUUUAACCAUCUCUGACCUGAUCUUCCUCUUUUUCCUGCCGUUUCGCAUGGUGGAGGCAGCCAACAUGAAAUGGACACUGCCUUACUCCCUCUGCCCGCUGUCGGGAUUCAUCUUCUACUCGGUCAUCGCUAACAGCGCCCUUCACCUGACGGCCAUCAGCGUGGAGCGCUACCUGGGUGUAGCUUUCCCCAUUAAAUACAAGCUCAAACGUAAUCCCAGAAGUGCCGUGAUAACCUGCGUCAUUUUCUCAGUGGUGUCAAUGCUGCACUGUAGUAUCGUCUACAUCAUGCAAUACCACAACUAUUUUAACCCCAACAUCACUGAUCAAUCCAAACAUAACACCUGUUAUGAAGAAUUCACUUCUGAACAACUCAAGAUCCUCGUGCCGUUUCGUCUGGAGCUUUCUGUUGUCUUCUUCUGGAUCCCAUUCCUCAUCUGCUGCUUUUGCUACAUCCAGUGUAUCCGCAUACUUUCCCGUCUAUCCAGCGUCAAUGCUAAGAAGCGCUAUAGAGCCAUCGGGAUGGCAUUGGGCACGCUUCUGGUCUUUGUUAUGUGUUUCAUGCCCUUCAACAUCUCACACGUUGAAGGAUUCAUAAAUGGCUACAGCUCUGAAUGGAGACAACAUGCUUUACUCACCAGCACGCUGAAUGCAUGCCUCGACCCUUUCAUAUUCUACUUCUCUUCUUCCGCACUCAGAGAGACUUUCAAGAACAUGUUGAAGGGGCUGGUGAAACAUUUGCUUCUUCCUUGCUGCCGCUCAUCUCUCUGCAGCUCUAUAUUUAACCGUGGGAAACCAGAAGUGCGAACACAAAGCUCUGAUGACAGCAUCCGCUAACAAUUUCAAGUCAGUUUUUGAAUUGAAUAAUCUGCCAGCGUAUGUAUCAUCAGUCCAAAGCCAAUUAAUAUAAUUCAGAUUCACCACCAUGACCCAAUGCCUUACGAACAGACAGAAGUGGAGAAGCUUAAAAAUGGUUCCAGAAUAAAAAACUGCAUGACUAAUUAACCUAAAUCUUUGCAGCAGCAGUUUCGUUCACAAUGAAAUGAAGAGCUUGAGUGAACAAAUUUCAGUGCAAAACGCAACUGUACAUCUAACAUAUGAACUAAUACACAGCAUUCAGUAACAGCAGCGCUAUAAAUAUAAUCAGUACAACAACUUUGUAAACCAAACUUGCUUUGCUACUAAUAUUUUAAUAAAAGAAUCUCAUACAAAUUAUGGAUCCAUUCAUUAUUUCUCCAUCCUGAACUUCUCACCCA